AAUGAGAUCAACGUGAAAUGGCCCAAGCAUCAUUUAUGAUUUGGAUCUAAUCCAAGCAAGUAUGAUAUACACGUACAAACAUUUGCCUUUCUAAAGAGUGGAUUUUUCAAUACCUUGAAUGUCACACUUCAGGCGACAGUUGCUAUUGAGUGUGGUUUUUAUUUGAGUUCAACGCAACUGACAUCUGGUCUGUUUAAAAUUUUGCCUCUGCCUGAAUUCUCAAGGAGAAACCAUCUCAACUUAGAGCAUGAUCAAACCGCUUCUUCGCCGCCACAGUAUUUCCACUGCCGCUCAGUUCUUUGAGCCGGCUCCUUCACCCACCAGAGCUGUGAUUCACCAGGUGUCUAAAGAUUUUACGAGUAGUAUAUUUUACAUUUUCAUCAAACGUCUAUUGUAUCAUUUAUUUUUGGAACAAAAACAAUGUACUGAUCAAUAACAUUUACUGUCUCUCUCACAGGAACCUACAACAAAGAAGAUUUGCCCUGUUUCCAGUAUGACUGUGUCAGCUGAUGCAUCACCUGAUGUAGCCAAGAAAGGAAUCUUAGUACAGGUUUGUUCACAUGCCAAAUGAAAUUCAAAAAAUAAAUUUAAUUUGUGAUAGUGCUGUUAUUUUAUUUUUCUGUCAGUAAAGGCAUGUAUUUAUAUUUAUGUCACUGGUUCUAAUCUAAACCAAACAUGUUAAACCUUUUUGGCUCAAUUGCCAUCAAUCAACUAUAAAUUUUAAAAUUUUGUGAAAUAUAAUUUCCUUCUUUGAAGAAAGGUAACUGUUUUCUCUGGAGAGACCUAACUGAUGCCUUUAACUUCAAGAAAUCUAAUGUACUGGUUCAGCAAAAAUAGCAUAAACUUAUGCUUCUUUCUUAGGGAAUUGAAUUACAAUGUUUUCUGAUAUCAGUGUCUGCUUUUAGAAUCGUACACUUUCAUGAAGAUGUCAGGUCUUUGUCUCUCAUUAGUUAAUUAACAGGGUUAUCAGCCUCUCCUGUUGUCAACUGCUUCAAGAUUUUAAUACCCAGAGGUUUUCUGCUUUUCAGCGAUCAGUAAGUUUACGAUCCAGUCUAACAGUCAAGGAUUCUGACUUUGCCAAAAGGUAUAGGCUUCUCCCUACUCCAACAAAGCAUCGGCCAAGCAAGGUAUGGUCUUUGUCAUUCAAUUUAUCUGCAUGUUGUAACAUGUCAUGUGUAGUUUCGUAUAUCGCAAUUAUUCACCCUGAAUCAUCACCUCCUUUCAUUCCUGGGCAUUUGUUAAAUUGUAUGUUAACAGGGCCAAAAGAAAAAUGUAGAUUUGCAAAUUUUCCAUAUUCCAAGGAUAAAAGACAGAAUUUAACUAGAUUGGGCUCAUAAAAGAGGAGUAAAUAAUUCUUUUAUUUAUAACAGUGUGCUUUAAUUCCUAAGGGAUUAAAAACAUCUUGAUAAUUUCAUUUAGAAAGCCGAUGUCAUGCAACAGUACUAGAGUAUUUUUGGGACCCUGACUGUAAAUUUAAUGCUAUCAUUUAAGUAUCAUGUUUCCUUACAGAGAUUUGAAAUAACUUGUUCUGCACUUGAAGCAGUGAAAAUUUCUUCUACAAUGGCUCAUGCACAUUACAAUGCUUUAAUUGUUACUUUCUCACAAGGUCAUCAUAAUAUGAAUUGUCAAUGAGAAAAUCUUUGACCUUUAAAGCCUACCAAUUUGUUUUUUCGCGUUGAAAGCCCACACUUUGACACGAAAAUUCAAUUUACUCUCUCUCUGAUCCAAUGCAGAUAAUCGUGUUAACUGCAUUUAUAAAUGCUGUAGGUAGCUUUAGUUAGAAACAAUGUUAAUGGCCACAUUGUUCAAUGCAUUAUUUUCUGCAUUUGACUGAUUAGACAUAAUGAUUAAUAAGAUUUAAUGCCAAAAUUACUAAGUUACUAUUUUUGCCUGACUAUUGCUUCUUUGAAAUAACGCAAUUUUUCAAGUUACCUUUUGCCUUGUUCAUCCUAUUUCCUAUUCUCAUGGAUGUUAAUGAAAAUGUUAAAAAUUUUAAAAGAAGCGAGAGUAUUUUUUCACUCCUUCUGUUUUAUAUAGGACACUCCAAUUAGAAUAACCACAAGCUAAUUUUGCAAAGUAAACAUAGCAGAUAACAAGAUGUAAAAGAAUCCAACAAGCUUGCAGGAAAUUUGAUUUAGCGGGCUUUUUAAGAGAGCUUUUGGUGUUAAACUUUGAACUUCAGGGAAACAAACUUAAGGAUUUGUAAGUGGCAGUGGUGAACUCUAAGCCGAACUGUCCAUUCAUGCUGUGAUGAACACUCGCCAUAAUAAAAGUGAAGAGGUGUACAUUGACAAAUAGAGUACUUAUCAUUUAGUUGAAUAUGAACAAAUAGCUAUUUACAUUUUCAGUGAGAAAAACCUAAAGGAAUAAUUUUUAUAAUCAGCCAAACUGAACAUGGAAAUAAAUUUUGUUUUCUUAAACUAAGUUCUUUAAGGUGUGCUUUAUUUGAUAAAUUUCUCAGUUUUAGAGUUUAGAGGUUUAAGAUUUCUUGGUUUGUUGUUGUCUUCCUAUAUUAGUCAUGGAGUGAGACAGUUUCUAGCAAUGGAAUUAGUACUACUCUUACACAGACUGAAAUAAAACGGCAAGAGGUGAGUUCAGCAAGUUUCAGACAAGCAGUUAGCCAAUUUCUGUCUCCUGAAAUUUUCAUGUAAGCUGUACAAAAUUUAUUCACCCUUAUAAACAAAGUUUUCCAUGGCUCAGUGGUAGAGAAUUGUGCAGAAAAAUUGGAAGCCCUGGGGUCCAAUUCUUACUGUUUACUCAAAUAUUUUCUUUCUCUGUAGCUCAUGACAAAAUGAGUAACAACAUUAUUUUUUCAAAAGAUCUUGCUAAAAGUUUCCCUUCUUUCUGACCAAGCACUGGGAUGCAAAUUUUUAAGGCCAAACUGAAAAACUGAAAACAUAAGGCUUUUGAGUUUUCAUGACACCAUCUAAGAGACGCUUUUUAUACUCAUGCUAGACCAGAAUUUAAUUUAUUAAAGUCAUCGUGCUCUCAAAAAUGGUAUUACCAAACUGACAUCAAAAUGUUGAGCUGCAAGAAAAGAGUUUUUCUUUACUUGAUUGUUUGAAAAUUUUCGUGGCCCAGAUUUCAUUUUGAGGAAGUCAAUAUCCUGUUUUGAAAUUUCAAGAAGUGAAUUUUUUCUGAUGACAGGCUAUUUAUGAGGUUUGCACGGGAGAAGAAAAUGUUGUGGCUGAUUUGAAAAUGAUAAAGGAGGUAAGAGAUAUCUCAAGAUAUUAUUAGAGAUUUAAAUUGUGUAUCUUGGAAUUCUUAUCUUGUUUGAUGUGAAGUGGCUGUCUUUCCUCAGUUAAAACUCUGCUGCUCAACUAGUCUGUGAACCCUUACACUCCCCGAUCUUAGUGGUAAUUCUCCUUACUACCUGCUUUCAAUUCUUAUGAAGUUAAUUUGAAGAAUUUGAUAUAGGAUCAACUAGGUAUCCCCUUGAUUGACAUUUGUCUAAAGUUAUUCUCAUCACUUGUUUGCUUGAUAUUGUAUUGAUACUGUAGGAGGAAAUUCUGUCUUGGUCACUCAUGGGGUGAACAGGCUCUUAUAAGCACUUUAGUAUGAUCAGCAAAGCUUUGAGAGAAUAACUGAUUAAGGGCCACACUGCUUAUUAAAGCCUAUUCAUGUGCUAUUGUUAAAUCUCCUUGAGUGACUUCCCUUUGAAAGUGACUAUCACUUGAAAGAAGAAGAUUUUUAUUUUUUUGAAGAGUUGCUAACUGUUGUUGCCAUUUGUUAUCCACCAUAUUUCAUGUAUAUGUAUAUUAAGCUCCUGUUUUACAUUACUAUCCAUUUUAUUUUUUACUUAAUCAUUGUGAGCAGGUUAUAAUCCUAAAUAUUGUAUCAGACUAGAUUUUAUCCUUGUUGCCAUGACAUUAAAUGACAAUCAGUUUUUUAAGGUGCUUAGGGAAACUAAUAUUGGCACAUGACAGCAUUAAUUAACUACCCUGACUUAUUUCUUAGAGUGCCUUUUUUUUUAAUUGGCCAUGAAUAUUCCCUGUGUAGUUCUGGGUGAUAACAGAGACUUUCUAGAAUGUGCAGCCUUAAAAAAAAACAAUCAGUGAGAACAAACAGUCCUCUAACUUGGAUUGCUUGGCCCAGAGAAUAGCCUCCUAGUGUUUAGCCUCUCCACAAUUUAUAUGAUACAUGACCUAGUGUCUGUAAAAUGAAAAGAAGGUGGCCGUCUUUUUACAAAAUAAAUUUUAGGAAUCUGUUACACUACAACACUAUAUAAAAAGUUGUCCGAAUUUUUCUGUGGGCACAUCUUCGUGUUGUCAGCAUUUUGAUAUUUUUCUGUCUGUGGGUUUUUUAAAUUCUCUCCUGGCUUUGCCCAAAAGUUGGAAUUGCCAAAGUGAAGUACCCAGUCUUUCUCUCACAAGGAAUCUAUUGAUGUAUUUAUGGUUUACUUCAUUUGUACGACAAUUUUCGUUUUUUACCUGCUAACUGUAAGUUUAUUUUUUCUUACAGGUUUAUUAUGCACCAAUGUACAAACUAAAGCUAAUGAAUGAAUAUGAAUUCAUGAAGGUCUUUGGCUGUUUAGAAGUUUUAUUAGCUCUCCAUCAAGGUAUGAACCUCAUAACCCUUUACACCCUAAUAUCAGCAUACACAUUCACCCGACUGUUCUCUACACAUUUCCUAAGGUGCUUUCUAGGAGAAUUUGUGUAACAUUCAAGAACUUCUUGAGUUGGUGAUCAUUUCCUUUAUUUAGGGGUGAUAUUGUAAGGAGAAAUUAGUUGCUGAACACUCUUAGGAGUUAAGGGGUUCAAGAGGAGUGUUUUACUUGGGUGCUUUUAUGAUCCUUGCCAUCAAUUCUCCCUACUGUUUGCCAUACUCAUCCUAUACUGUUAGCUCUGAGAAUUUGGUAUUAACUCAAACAAAACCCCUGAGGUUGAAUUUUGUUUUUUCCCAUCAUUUUUCUGCUCGAUAAUGUGUUGCUAUUUCAAGAAGAAAGUACUUGAUUGAAAAGGUUACGUAAAAUACUCUUGAAAAUUAAUAGUUUGAGACGUGAACUUUGUCGUAUUUUCUUGCUUUAGAUCUUCACGCGAAGUUAAAAAAUGCAAGAUCAAGCGAUGGUACAACGGACAGUAUAGGAGACAUCAUGCUAAACUGGGUAUGUGUGUGUGAAAUUGUUUUAUGAUUGUGUUUAUGGCAUAUUUCUACUAUUAGACCUGUUUAGAACACAGAACAACGCUGUUUUCAAUCUGGUGAAAAACAUUCACCAAAUUUCAUUUGGAGGAAUUCUGUAGUGAUGUGUUUUUUGCUCAAGUCAGUCGCUCAUAUAAAUAUUUACUGCGCUCUGUGAUUGGUCCAGAAAACGCGCUUCUUUUCCCCCACCAAUCAGAUUUAAGUCUAAGACCAAUUGCGUCUUGGUCACCCGCGUUUUCCCGCGCUUCUGGUGGUUUUGUAUCGUUUCAUUUUGAGAUCUCAUUGGCUCCUCGUGACAUUUUCUUUUGUUCUGAUUGGCUGUUAACUUAACGAAGUAUUGGCAAUGAGUUUCCUUUUUACUUUAGUUUCCAGGUUUAAGAUGUUACGCACGAUAUUGUGCAAACCAAUUCGAAGCAAAAACCAUUCUCGACGAAAAACUUCGUCAAGGUGGAAGCGUCGCCGACUUUUUGCAGGUAAAUCGCGAUUCCUGGCUGUAGACAGGACGUUUCUUAGAAAUGAACCUACUGAAUAGCCUAGCUUAGCAAUACGUUCUCCCUAACUCUGUGGUAAAGCAAUGGACCACAAAAUCCGAAGGCCUGUGGAUAGAUUCCUUGUGGGGUGAGUGGGAUGGGGCUGGCUUUUUUCAUCGUUUUACUCUCUUUUUAUAACAUCUGCGUAGAAGGGCAAGGAAUUCCUUCCGUCAACCACACCUUGCAAGUACCAUCUCCUAGGUCAACUGUGCUAUUACUUUAGGUUCAGCAAAAAACCUCCCGGAAAGCGUGGUUUGCGUAGCUUUUCCCGAUAAACGCCCUUAAUCAACGGAACUGGUGCAACGGAAAAAGAACGAGUGCUGACCAUUAGAUUCGCGGUUUGCGCGUCAUUACAGUUUUUUCACCUACCCGUGUUUUGUUUCUGCUCUAAUCUUUGGUUAUGGUUUUCCUUUUUUCUCGGAGAGAAGUUAUGACAUUAUGAGCGGAAGAUGGGCGGGUGAUUUAACACACUAACUCUCCUGAUCCGAAUAAUUCUCCUCACCAACUUGAAUACAUUUGCUGGUUAUCGAUAGAACACAAUUCUCAUCACGUUUUUUUGAACGAUUUAUAACUAUUGUGGGGAAGAAGUUACAUUUCAAUCGCCUGCGAGUGUUCGAGAGUCAAUGAACACGGUUAAAAAUUGUGCACUUUAAAGGGUUUUCAUAUUGACUCCCGGAGAUUUACAAAAAUGUUGCUAAUUUGUUUCAUUAGCUUAACUUCGUCAAUUCAAGAUUUGCCUUUGGAAUAUUUUGGGGGUCUUUCGAAUUUUGGAAUUUUGUUUAAUUUUAUCGUUGUAUUCACUUUCUCAGAGUGCUUUUGAAGAAGUUUUCUUUAUGAUUUUUUUUUCUGCCCUUGCGUGUGUUUUGUUGUUCCCUUUAUUUUUACAAUAGUGAUUGGUUUUUGCGAACACCCCACUAAGAGUGGUCAACUCUCUUGUUUUCGUAUCUGCGUUCUGCGUUGUACUAGCUCAUGAGCUUUCUGGACUCUUUUAAAGGGCAGAUUACUAUUUCUGUGAUACUAAAAACAUUUCCGGAUAACAAAAGCCGCCGUGUAAAAUGGUGCUACAAAACCAGAAAUAGAACGAAACUAAAAAUAUACCAAAGAAAAACAUCGACCAAUCCUUUCUUCUCUCAGGGUAUUGUGUUUGAUCAUAGAAGUGCAGACCUAAAGAAAAAAAAACAGAAAAACAAACUUGUGGCACUCUCAGCCACUCCAUCUCUUGUGGUCCACUCUGAAAGGAGUUUCGCAAAUGUUUGUGCUGUUUUUCUUCCAGUCCAUUGUAAUCUUUUCAUUCUUUACCUUCCUCCUUCUUUUUUUGCGCUUCCUUUCCAAUUUGGUGUUUCUCCAUUUAAAACUAAUAUUUUGGGGUGUCCUUCCCAGUUUAAAUAUUUUUUCUGGCCGCAACAAACGACUGCUAUACUUAAACGCUCGCUCGUAAAUGAUCUAGCGGAAAUGACACUUACGAAUACACACGCGUGUGUGUUUUAUAUUUUGUAACCACAAAUCCACUCAUUUUCUUUUAAUUCUUACAGAGAUGCCGUGACUCGCCAUUCAGUCGGAAAUUAGAUCUUUGGAGCUUUUUAGGUAGGUUGCAUCGCAUCACAUAAGCUUCUUUUCCAAUUACUUGGAGGGAAUUUCCGGUGUUUAAGUACCUUUCAUUUCAGCUCAAGUCUUGUUAAGAUAACCAUUGUUUUAACAGAAGUAGCCUUGUGUUCUCAGGGUGUUUUAAGUUUUUUUUGUAGCUUAAGUUUGUUAAGUCAGAGAUGAAAGAAAGCGCCACUGAGGUGUUUCCCGAUAAGUAACUUAUUCCAGUACAAAGAGCUGACAACAACCUUUAAGAAGGCCAACUUUCCAUUUCUUCAUUCCGCUUGCAACAGUUUUGACGCAGGCGGACCGUUAAAAAUCUUAUUAAUUAGGAAAAGCUGUCUAUAGAUUCUGAUGAAUUAUCCGAGGUAGCAUCCACAUAAAUGUUUAGAAAUCAGAAUGGUAAAUUGUUUCGUUGUGUGGAUUGAGAAUUUGACUGAAUCUUAACCAAGCGCGCGUAUUUGACUGACCGCACACAAAGCGUGUUUUUGUUAUUUUUGUUGACGCCGAAUACGAUUUCCUCUUCGCUUAUCCCUUGGUUUAGCAAGGGAAGGGUUAAUAUCAGUUUCUCACGCAAUAAGGACAAGGAAAAAAGUAAAACGACAAAAAGAAUACUCUAGAAUAAACUUCUAAUGCGGUCUCAUAAACGUGGAUGCAAUCAGUAGCCAAGAAGUUUUUAAAAAAGGACAAAUAAGUGAACACUCUGUGGUGUUGAAUAAACUUUCUUAGGGCAACGAGUUAAAGUGGUUUUUUAAACUUCUUUUAUUCUUUACGAAAUUAAGUAGAUAGAAAGGUGAACAGGACUGUCUUUGUGAAAAAAAAGAAAAAAAAUGCAGGAAUUUUAAGUCCAGAAAAGUUACUCCUAGGAUCAUUUUUUAUACUUUCAUCGCCUUUACUUUGUUCUUGAAAAAAUGUUGAUGUGUGAUAACUGCAUCACGUGUGCGUGGUUUUGAAACGUUGAGAAUAUCUCGAAAUCUUAAACGCUCUCGUGCAGUCAAUUGAAAACCAAUUAUCGAGUAAUCUGGGCGAUAAACGCGCUUAAGAUCACUAACUAGUUGUUUAUCUUUCUCGGCAGAUUCGCCCAGGAGUCGCCUGGUAAAAUACCCGCUGAUGCUGCGCAGCAUACAGAAAUACGUGAGUAACACUUUCAUUAAGUGGGCGGAAUUUCUUUCCAGUAGCUUUCCCUUGGGAUUUGAACCAUCAGGGGACCUCCCUCUCUCCUUCCCUGUGGUUUGGGGCUCAUGCUUUAUUGCUUUCCUCACUAGUUGCUAAUGUUUUCCCUCAAUGGGCUGUAACUUCCGGCCUGUCAGCAUAACACGACCCCGCUUUGGUAGCAGACACGUAGAGUAGGAGAUAAUUUUGUAGCGAAAAUUUGUGACUCAGAAAGAUGUCUGAGAUCCGAAUGGUGGCACCGGAUUUGGGUUGGCGAGAGUGAAGCCACUUAAGAUAUUUUUAUUUCGGUGAAAUUGCGAAUAACAGCUAAGGAUUUUUAUUGUAAUGGACUGCUUAUAUCCUGUUGCUCAUAUUUCAGACGCCGAAAGAGCACUCCGACUGGCGAAAACUAGAACGAGCUGUGAGUAUUGUUUAGAUUGGGGAAUUUACCCGGGGAGGGGAGGGUAAAGCUCCUCAACCAAGAUUUAAAAGCGUCCAGUUUGUUCGUGAGUAUGUUCGUGCAGUAAAACUAGGAUCGGAACGAAUCUGUAGAAACUUUGAUUUUAGGAAAUAUGUGAUAUAAGAAGAUCAAUGAAGGAGCUUAAGUUAAGCUUUUGUCUGUUGCAGAUUUGCCGUUUACAAGACAUUAUAGAAGAAGUGGACAGAAAAACAGGCGAAGCAAAGGUAGUUUCACGGCCGUUUUAUUAUUUUUUUUCAUCGUCCUUUCAGUCCGUGUACGUAAAUUUUUUCUGCCAGUCUGUCUUCAGUUUUUUAACCAGGAUGUCUUUAUGUUGCAGUGUCAAGAUGUACUUAGUAGAAUAGUUUUCUUGGAUGACAGACAGGUAAUGUUCAGUUACGUUUUUCGGAAACUCUAAUGUCUGGAAAUCUUUAAUUAUUAAAAGGCGCGGGAAAUAUGGUCGGCGAAAAAAGCGGGAAAUCAUGUAACUAUGUAACUAGCAUCAAGGACGAAAGCUGGUACCUAGCGGUAAGCGCGAGAAUGCACGUAAUCAGCACCAAGCGCAAAGUAUAAUAUUAGAAGCGCGCAAGCGCAUGUUGCAAGAAAAGGUUGCUAAGAGCGUUUAAGUCUGUAACCAGUGCCAAGCGCGGGAAACAUGCAAGAAUUGCAGAACGCGGAAAGGCAUACAUCCAGUGCAAGGUACCCGAAACAUUCGGGAAAACAUAUGUUGGUGCGCUAUACUGAUUUUUGAACGAAGGAGCGCUUUUCACGGUCUUAUCCCCUUAAGAGGUAUGGGUCGUCGAUAUAAUUACUUGGCCAUUAUCUAGUAUGUAUAAUUUUUUUCUGGUAAAUUAUUGUUGUUAUUGUUUGCUUUAGAUGUGCCCUCAUGUAUUCAAGUCCAAGAAGCUUUUAUGUAACGGCACACUACGAAAUAAACAUGGAACGGUAAGAAGAACAGGUGUUUUGAUUAAAACCCCCGAUCGACGCAACGUCAGAGUUUCUCUAGAAACUUAUCCCUUUAUUCAUUCGUCUCUACUUCUUUCUAUUUAGAAGCUACAUGUGUUUUUGUCGGAGACAGUCUUUCUGCUUACUCGUCCGGCUACAAGACAGGACCGGGCCAGCUAUCAAGUAUUCACACAGGUUAGUUUGUUGUUGUGGGUCUGAGAUUCCCUCUUAUUGGAAAUGGAAAUGGCGAAUUCUUUCUUUUUUUUUUUUAAUUUAUGAAGUUCCUAUUACAUAAGGUUUUCCAGCUGUAAAAUGGGACUUCGUAAAAACUGUAGUUUACAAAGGUCUCACAGAAAUUUUUCCUGAAAGCCUCCAGUUCGUGGUUCGCGUUUGAACUUAUAGGGCCGGUUAUUUACCAACUAAGGUUCUACGCAAUCAGUGAACCUCAGGCUUUCUCUAUAAGAGGAUUGAUUUAAUUAAAUAAAUUUCCUUCCACUGUUAACUUGGGCCCUCUUGACGCUGUUUACAAAAACAAAUGUUCCGAUUAAAGGUUCAGCUAGAUUGGGGAUUGUUUAACAGGGAUUGCUUUGGACGGGGUGUUGUUACACAAUGGCUAAACUUUGUUUAAAUAAGCUGACAGUAGUAUUUGGACCAAUUCUGAGCGUGAGAGAGAACGGAUCAUUCCAGUACACCUCAGUUAUUGACUUUUUCCCAAUGCUUUUGUCAGCCAAUCCCAGUCGAGAAUCUGUUGGUCGAAGAUCUCUCAGAUGGUGACGUCAGAAUGGGUGGUUCCUUCAAGACUGCGAUCUCAAGACUUGGUACAGGUAAGAGAUAGCGUUUUCUUUGUUUUGCCAUGAAAGUACAAAUUCUAACGAGAAAAUGCAAUAGAAGCCACUCUAAAUGUGUUCACUAACCUUCAAGUGAUUAAGACUUCAGCGUUUGUCGCAGCUAAAAUUCUUCCGUGACUGUCUUGUUAUUAAGAUGGAAAGAGGCUCUGUUUACUAUCUCUAAAUAAAUAAUUUCGCAAUCAACUGUUCUAUGAAAGCCAUCUUCCAUGGGCCAUAAAAAUCUGCUUAGUGCCCUUUUCACAAACUUUUCCCGCACACCAUUAAUGGUUGAAUUUUUUUCAACAGCCAAACACGUUUUCCGAGUAUCAAGUACAGAUGCAGAAAAUGGUCAAUCACACACGUUACAAGCUCCCACAGAACAGGAGAAAAAACAAUGGUUGAACGCUAUUCGAAGCGUGAUACCUUGUCCGGAGAACUAUAAGACUUAUCUCUGAUGUUACGCAGGGUUUCAAGUCACGCAACACCUCAAAUUCUGGACAGUCCGUACGCGCUGAGGUCGGCUAGUUAAGAAUGAAUUCCGUGGAUAUUACACGGAUUGUACAGCAGUUGGAAAUUGUUUAUGUGGGGGCAAUGAGUGUCCAAAAUAUCACCAGCACUGGUUCCAUCAUCGUUUGAUGCUAUUGUAAUUUUGGUAUGAGAUGCGUUGACAGAACUGAAUCCUAGCUAGGACAUUUACAACAUCAAAGAGGUUUAUUAAUUUUCCUAUUAGGUUUCACAAGGAAGUGAGAUGGGUCGAAUUUUCUCCAUUUUGGAGUGAUUUAAAUUAUGAGGUCGCAUUUACCAUGCUAAAGUUGCCUGCUUUUUUUCUUGUUCAAUUUUUGCGAAGAAAAGCGGAUUGUGAAAAACAACAACAACGAACAAAAAAAACAGUCGUUGCUUUCGCGGGUAAAAUAGUCAUGAUUCUUCGGACGCACCGACAGGUUUCGGUAACAAAAUAUUUCUUCUACUUUAUAGCGAGCUGUACCAUAAUAUUGUUUAUGUCUUGUAAUUUAUACUAAAAAAACUAGAGCAAUUUCCUCUCAACUAUCAAUAGAGCUGAUCGUCGCCUUUUCUAUGAAAAACAGCGAUGGGUCUAAGCGCGGAAAAAAUCACGGGUAAUCGGUGAGUCUUAGCUUGCACAGCACCUGAUUGGCUCUGGAAACAGCGCUUUAUUCUGAUUGGUCAAGUCAGAAUGCACGCAUAUCUUCUAGCCAACCAUUGCACCUCGAUAACGUGGAGUAAAUCUCUUUGGUAAAAAAAAUUUGAUGCAUAUUAGCGCUUGGCGACCGAUUUUCCUUGUCGUUUCAAGCAGUAAUAUCCUACAAAAUAUCUGGCGAAUAUAUUCUAAAAAGAAAAAUAUUUUAUGAUAACACGCAAUAAUAUAUUGCAUUUGUAAUGUUAGUGAUCAAAUUGAUAAAUAAUGCUUUGGAAAUUUAAGUGAUAAUCGUAGGUAUGUGAUUUAGGAAAAAUUUAGUUUAUCCACAUAAUGAGCCAUAAACUUAAAUGAAAAUUUGGUUUCAAAGCCAUACGACUUUCUUACAUAGUACAUACAAAAAUUUUGUGUAUAUAUAAGUGCUGUAAAAAAGUUUUUUUUGAGGUUUUUGACACGUCGUUUACAGUUGUUCGUCUCGUAUUGUGUUUUGUUUCAGUUCACGUUUAAAUAAAAUCUUUGGGAUGAGAAAUUCUUCGUCUUAUAAAUAGCUUCGGACAAUUUCCUUCUUCUCUAGAACCAGAAUUUGUCAAAUUCUUGUUCUUGAUUAAAUUUGGUAUUAGAAUUGAAAAAUACGAGUCACCAGGCAUUUUCCUGCGGUGACCCCUUUUUACGUGUUCGCAGAGAGGACAGUAUUAGUUUUCUUUUCAUAUUUUGCGAUCUUAUCUAAUUGUAUUAAAUUUUGUAAAGGUAGCACUUGAAAUUCGAGAAACCUUAUGCGACAUUUUUUUGUUUUUAAAUGAACUUACUACCAUCAAAUUGUUUUUAAAAUGUACUUCUGAAAUUUUAAAGAAUGUAAUAUCCACCCUUUCGGUCAAGUUAUAUGUAAGUCUAUCUCGCAGCGUUUCUUAACCAGCAAUUUCUGUUCAGAUGUUCUUAUAUCAAUACCUCUUCAUGUAUUUCGUGCCGGCACAGGCAUAGAAAAAGGUUCUCCUUCUCCCAGGUUUAGCGAUGGUGAAAGUUGUCGCAAUUCCCUACUCUUGCCGUCUUUAAGCUAGAUUUCUAUUGUCGCGUUUUCGUCCUGAAACAAAAAAAAAUACGUACUUUGAACUGAACGUUUACGUGCAUAAACGCAACC